AUGAAGAAAGGAUGGGAAAAUCUAACAAUUAAAAUAGGCAAAAUACAAACUGAAUCAAACUACAAUGUGUACAAAAAUAAUAAUCAACCAGAAGGGUUAAAAGGAAAAGAAAAAGGAAAGAAGACAGAAGGAGUCUCAAGGGUCUACGGGGGAGGGGGAACUCGCAGUGGCCCAAAAGCAGGGCCCGCGGUGGUCGUUAACGUAGCGACCUGGGACCCCAGCGAGGCACUUCGCAACAUUGUUGGCUUGGUGCGGCGGUCAAGAGGGGAGGAGAAGAUUGGAAAAGGGACGAUCGCGGUGGUUGCAGGCAGGAUUGGGAUUUAG